AUGACUAUUUGUGUGAUGAAUAUUCUUGUGAAUCAGACAAGGUGUGAAUUAAACAUUAAAAAUUUAAGUAAGGUAUUACUAAUUUUUCAAGUAAGAAUGCCACCUAAGUGUAGAGUACCGAUAGACGAUGCAAUUAAUGUAUUGAUAAAAUAUAUAAGUUAUUUUGCAUCGGAUCAAUUACCUGAAUGGUCUUCUGAUGUAUGGGAUAAGAUGUCAAAUGAACCUGAAUUUAAAGAUAAGUGGAAUGUUCCUUGUAUAAGAACAAACAUCAAAGAAAAUUCAUAUUCGACACGAUAUUCUAACGAAAGCAAGGGAACGAUGUAG